ACGGUUUUUCAGCUCAAUUCAGUUGUUCGAGAAACUUUGCACGAAACAAAAGCGAAAAUCGCACGCGGUGAAUAAAUCAAGCGGAAUAAAAAGCAAACAAAAAAUGACGAUUUAUCCGAGGCGGCUCAAUGGCAGCCUAGUGGUAGUGGUGCUCCUGGUUUUGGCGCUAAACACCGAGGAUGUGGAUGCCAAGUGGAAGUUUGGCGGCGGCAGCAAAUCCCGCGGUAGCUCCAGUAGCUCCAGCAGCAGCAGGCGGACGCACACCUACACACCUUCGUACCACCCGGCUCCGGCGCACCACCCGGCACCAGCGCACCGCCCAGCUCCGAACGUGGAUAACGCGAGGCUGUCCUACGGAGGUAGCUCCCAGCCGGUGAGCAAGGUGAGCACUUCGCAGACCCACAGUGCUGCUCCCUCGGCGCCCGCCUCUCCGAUUGGAUGGAAUGUGCCUGCCAAGCCGCAAGGACCUCCGCCGGCGUACUCCGCCUCGAAUACUGCUGGUGGGGCUCACACCAACAUCCACGAGCGUCCGCCGGCCUACAAUCCCUCCUACAAGCCAGCGCCCCCCAGCUACUCGGCAGCCACCCAAACCCACAGCAACACCAAUCUGCAGAAUGCACCGCGCCCAGCAGGAGUUGCAAGUCCCAGUUCCAGUUCCAGUUCGAGUGGUCCGCACUACUACGGCACAUCUGGCUACCGGGGCCGCAAUAACUCCACCGGUGGAUUUGGAUCUUCGGGUGGUUACCACCAACCCAUUACGGCCACAAAUGCCCACAACGUGCAGUCGAGCUAUCCGCGCCAGCAGUUGCCAGCUGGCGCCACCUACCAUCCGGCGGGUCAACUUCCCGCUGGCGCCACCUACCACCCAGCAGGCCAUUUGCCGGCAGGAGCCUCUUACCACCCAGCGGGUCAAGUGCCCCACGGAGCCACCUACUAUCCAGCGGGUCAGGUUCCUGCCGGAGCCACUUACCAUCCUUCCGGAGGCUAUCCCUCCGGUGGUUACCCGGCUGGUGCCACUUACCACCCGGUUGGACAAGUUCCCCACGGAGCCACCUACUAUCCACAAGGACCCGUCGCCGGUGGAGUGCCGGCGGGAGCCACCUUCCUGCCCGCCGGAGGAGCCCUGCCAGCCGGAGCUGUCUUCUAUCCUCAAGCACCGCAGAAGUCUUCCUCUGGUUUGGGAUUGGGUACUGGUCUUAUUGCUGGAGCUCUGGGUGGUGCCAUCCUGGGUCACGCCCUUACUCCCACUCAAACCCGAGUGGUGGACCAUUCCUAUUCCGGUGGCGGAGGAGGUUAUGGUGGCGGUGGCAACCAAGGUGGCGACGACAAGAUCAUCAUUAUCAACAACGGACCGCCUGGAUCGGUGACCACCACGGAUGUGGGAUCGGGCACUACGGUGAUUAAUGCUGGAGGAGCUCAGCCAGCUGCUUCUCCCUCGCUGCCUGUGCCGCCUUCCUAUGCUGCUCCUCCUGCUCCUGGUGCUCAAGCUGCUCCCGUGCCUCCUGCUCCGUCGGCUGCUGGUGGGGUUCCAUUGGCGCCCUUGGGUCCAUCCCCACCAGCUCCUGCUGAUCCAUCGGCUCCUGCUCCCGCCCCUGGAACUCCUGUUGCUGCUGGAAUUCCUGUUGCUCCUGGAACUCCGGUUGCUCCUGGUUCUCCAGUUGCUCCAGUUGCUGCAAGCCCAGCGGAUCCCAAUGCCCCAGUUCCACCGACCCCAGGGGCACCAGCUGACCCCAAUGCACCACCGGCUGGCCAGAUUAUUUGCGUGCCCGUAAAGAUACCGAAGCCAGAUCCGCAGGAUCCCACCAAGACGAUUGAGGAGGAGCAGAUCGCCUGCUAUCCGGCACCACCGCCGGAAGCCGCUCCUCCAGCCAAUGGAACGGCACCGGCCGUUCAAGAAGCUGUUCCUGCUCCGGUUUCCGCCCCCGGAUCCGUUCAACUGGCCCCCCUUCAAGCCACCACACCCGUGACCAUUCCCGAGGGAUCUGUGCCCUUGGCCCCCAUUAUUCCCGGAGGUCAGCCGGACAUCAUGAAGAUGCCAGGUCUAACGCAGGCUCGCUUGUCAGCGGAAUCGGGACUGAAGGAUGCGCACAGUGUGGCGGAGCGAUCCUUUGGGCACUUCAGCCUCAUCUCCACGGUGCUGACCCUGAUGGUGGCCUUCUGCCUCCACUGAGAACCCAUCUCCACAUAAGCCCUUCCCCACUCAAGGACGCAGUGUCAUUUGCAACCGCAGAGCUUUAUCUAAUUUAUUUCCAUUUUGUGGAAUACGAGAUUCAAAUGGAUUUGUAUGUCUAAC